CCCACCGCAUCCCCUGAAAGCUGAGAACCGCCAAUUCUUCAUUGAUCUUUUUUACCCAAACGAGUCCAAGUCGAGACGCCUCUCCCCCCUCCGCUGGCGCAGCCAUGGCGUCCGCCGAAACCCUAGCUCGGUCCCCCUCGCGCGAUCCCUCCUCCGACCCGCCCCGGGCCGUCUCGUCGGAGCCGCCGCGCGACCCCUCCUUCGAACCCCACGGCAACGGCGACGGCUCCGGAGCGGGCGCCGGGGACUCCUCCCGCCGCCGCCGCCGCAGCCGCUGGGAACAGUCCAACGACGACUCCACCGCCAACAACUCCGGCGGCGAGGGCGGGUCCGGGGCCCGGAAGCGCAAGACGAGGUGGGCCGAGGAGGAGCCACGCCCGGCCAUCGCGCUCCCGGACUUCAUGAAGGACUUUGCCGCCGAGAUGGAUCCCGAGGUUCACGCCCUCAACGCGCGCCUCCUCGAGAUCUCGCGCCUGCUGCAGUCGGGUCUCCCGCUCGACGACCGCCCCGAGGGUGCGCGCUCGCCGUCGCCCGAGCCCGUCUACGACAACCUCGGCAUACGCAUCAACACCCGCGAGUACCGUGCCCGGGAGCGCCUCAACCGCGAGAGGCAGGAGAUCAUCUCCCAGCUCAUCCGCCGCAACCCCGCCUUCAAGCCCCCCUCCGAUUACCGCCCGCCCAAGCUCCAGAAGAAGCUCUACAUCCCCAUGAAGGAGUACCCAGGGUAUAAUUUCAUUGGCCUCAUCAUUGGUCCGCGGGGCAACACGCAGAAGCGGAUGGAGAAGGAGACUGGUGCGAAGAUCGUCAUCAGGGGGAAGGGUAGUGUCAAAGAAGGGAAGCUGUUGCAGAAGAGGGAUCUCAAGCCAGAUCCCAGCGAGAAUGAGGACCUCCAUGUGCUUGUUGAGGCAGAGACUCAGGAGGCGUUGGAUGCAGCUGCUGGGAUGGUGGAGAAGCUGCUAACCCCGGUCGAUGAGGUGCUGAACGAGCACAAGCGGCAGCAGCUCCGGGAGCUUGCGGCGCUUAAUGGGACAAUUAGGGACGAUGAGUUUUGUAGGACAUGUGGGGAGCCUGGUCACAGGCAGUAUGCUUGCCCCAAUAAGAUGUCCACGUUUAAGAGUGAUGUGCAGUGCAAGAUCUGUGGUGAUGGUGGGCACCCGACAAUUGAUUGUCCAGUCAAGGGAACAGCGGGGAAGAAGAUGGAUGAUGAAUAUCAGAAUUUCCUGGCUGAACUUGGUGGUGGGAGUGCACCCGAGUCCAUGACAAAAUCUGGUGGUCCGAUGUUGGCUCUUACAGGAAGUGGUGGUAGCGGUGGUGCUUCUGCUGGUAGUGGGAAUAACCCGCCUUGGUCCGCUGCAGGUGGUGGUGGUGGUGCGGCUGCCACUGGGGCCAAUGGUAUCAAGAAGGACUACGACGAGACAAAUCUGUAUAUCGGGUACUUGCCACCUACAAUGGAUGAUGCAGGAUUGAUCAGUCUGUUUUCACAAUUCGGGGAUAUUGUCAUGGCUAAGGUGAUCAAGGAUCGAAACACUGGGCAUAGCAAAGGAUAUGGAUUUGUGAAGUAUUCAGAUGUCUCACAGGCUAAUGCUGCGAUUGCUGCAAUGAAUGGUCACCAUCUUGAAGGUAGAGUUAUUGCAGUUAGAGUUGCAGGCAAGCCUCCGCAGCCGGCAGUGGCAGUGUCAGCACCGCCGUCAUAUCCUCCUACAGAUCCUGCUUCUGGUGGCUAUUCCUCCCAAUCCUACAUGGGGGCACCUCAUCCUCCUCCACCAGGGAGUUAUGCUCCAGUUCCAUGGGGGCACCCACCACCAUAUGCUUCUUAUCCUCCGCCGCCACCGGGCUCUAGCGUAUACAAUCCUGCACCCCCUGCACCAGGUCAGACAGCACCCCCUCCAUAUGGUGUGCAGUAUCCUCCACCCCCACCCCCACCCCCAGCAGCUCCAAUCCCUCCACCAGGCACUGCUCCAUCAAGUGAUGGAGCUCAGAAUUAUCCCCCUGGUGUAACACCACCGAGUUCUGGAGCACCCACUCACACUGCCCCAAAUCCAGUAUAUGCAUCCUCCGGUGCACCAAAUGCACCACCAAUGUACCCUCCACCACCUUAUAGUUAUUCCCCAUACUAUCCUACAUUUCAGCCACCACCUCCUCCACCACCAGCUAGUGUUGAUCCCUCUCAGAGUAUUGCAACUGCACCUUGGGCCACCCACAGUACAGUGCCGCCACCUCCGCCACCUUUGUCCUCCACCACCGACCAGCCAGCUUCCUAUGGUGCUGAUGCAGAGUAUGACAAGUUUAUCUCAGAGAUAAAGUGAUAUGAGCCAAGCUUGGGUGAUUCUUCCAACAAAGGGCGAAAGGCUUGAUCUUUCUUGGAGCUUAUACCGACCUGAUUUAUUUCUUGUUGGAAGUUUGGGACUCACAUCUUAACCUUGCUGUGUGCUGUUGUGACCAUUGCAGAGGUUGCAUGCUUAAGAAAGUAUGAAGCAUUACUGGCUCAGCAGGCAUCGGAAUAUUUGCCUUCUCCUUCGGGAGCUGUUUUAAGGAACCUUUUACUAAUGCUUUUGUUAUGAUAUUUCUUGUCAUUAUUUGAGAUUACCAUGUGAUGUCACUUAAUGCUCUAUUGUUUGAUUACCCUUAUAAGUGCUAUUUAUUGUUCGUAUAUUUUAUUCUUCUUCACCUUGAUUUGGUAAGUGCUAGCAGUCCUCAACAUCAGGAGCAGAAAAGCUUGCGGCCCCUUGCUGGUUGAUAUGACUUAGAAAUGCAUGUUUGACAUCUGAUGAAUCUGUCAAGCUUUUCAUCUUACAUCUUUGCCUAAGUUGUUUGGCAGUUUUCGUGACAGAUUGGCACAGGCAGACAGAGAUUUUAGCGCUUGAUGAAUAUCAGGUAUAAUGGAGAUGAUGUCAACUGUACUAUGGAAACUAACAUUUUCAAUGUGGCUUCUUUACAUUUCCUACUGACAAACACAGUAACGAGUUUCUCACUGUUGGUAGAUGUGUGAAUGAGGGUAUCAAAGCAUUACAUACCAUGCUGGAAUCUUUGGUGCAGAACUUGCGUAUAUUUUUUAUAUUGCUAAUGUUCUUAACAUUGUUGGAAUUUUUGUGCGGUUCAAGUAGGACAUGCCGGCAUGCAGGAUGUAGUCUGGUGUCUAUGCUCAAGAUGCAUACUGUCACAAUGAUAUUUGUGGACUCAUCUGAAGGUUCGGAAGGUAGCUAGCUGUGAUUAGUUUUUUUUUUCUAGAUGUAUUGGAAAGAAAGUAGGAUAUUAUCAUAUUCUUAUCCUAGUGAAAGAAUGUGAUAGUCAGUCAUCACAACAAGCAGUAGCUACCUUUAUAUCACGUCGCAGUUACACCAUCUGCCUGGUAUUGCUGACAUAGUUUUGUAGGUGUUAUCUGCUCUAUUUUUUUCCUGUCCCAUCAAAGUCUUCUUUUUCCAGUGUGCUGUAGAUGGAAAGAUGUAAGGAUUAAUGGUAUCUUUUUUCCCUAUAUGUUAUCUUUCUCCUUUGCUUUU